CCGGUGCAGUUUUUAGUUUCUGAGACUCCUAUCUGAGUCGCUGGUCAGGGCAUGAUGGACAGGAUUCAUGGAAGUCGGUGAAAAACGGUGUCACGGCCAUACAUGCCAUUGGUACCCACCGGUUGUCCUCGAAGUCGAGAGCCUUGAAAUGGCAGUCUCGUCCAGGAUAUAAAGCUCGAAUGACAUGACACUCAAACUCAUAACCUACAAACACAGAUCACCGAACUUGAACAGCUAUGACAUCAGAACGCGUCCUCCCCCGAGUCGCCCCUCUUUCUGACUGGGCAUCGUCACGCUUUAAUUCUCUCCUGCGAAGCAAGACGAUGGACAGGUUCAACAGGAUUUUUGACGCUACUUUCGCCCAAGACCUCGAGGUCGUCCUCAAUGGGAGAAUUUUCCCUCGCGACGAGUACAAGAAGGUGCUACUCGGGGAGAGUGAGGCGGGACCCUCGGCAAUCACAGACGUGCAUAUUGAAGGAGAGACAGUAGUCAACCCAGUCACUUCUGAAGAUCGACUGGUGGGAGGCUUCGUCGGCAUUUUCUACACACUUACGAGCACCUCCAAACGUUUCUUUGUGCACGGCGCACCUGUGACUCGCAAGGUCGUCUCUAGUAUUAACCUGACCGUGAAGUCGACGGUGCCUUACCCGGCUACCCGCCUUCGUUACCCCGACCCACGGAGGAUCACUGCAGUCAACCAGGUUCUCCAGCCCGGGACUAUUGUCCUCGCAUACCCUGCGUCGGUUGUGCCCGCGAACCAGACUUCUGGCUCUGGAAAGGUAGAGCUAGGACCCGUCAAUAUUACGCAAGUGGAGGAGGAACUCAGUUUGUUGGGGAAUAAAUUCAGCUCUGCGUCACUCCCUGAGGCUGACAUUGACGAGGAAUGAAAUAGUUGCUUCCGCCGAUAUGUAGACGGUCACGCAGAAGAUGGCGGAACGGAAUACGUGGCCACAUGCUAACCUUCCUGUAUAUUUGAAUCCUGAAUUUGAUGUAUGUAUCUGCGUUGUUUGAAGUUACAUCCGCACAAGUACCCAGCUUCCAGGACCGUCA